UCUUGUCUUUAAGUCCCUCCAAACGCACGCAGCUCACAGACUAAUGCUGUGAAGUCAAAAGAGACCUCAUCCAGCAUUUUGUCCCUCUUUUUUCAUUUUCUCCUCGCUUGUCUCUAGCACUCAUAGCCAAUCUGAGCCUGUGACUAAAGCGUCAUCUUCCCAGGCUGCACACUCCAGGCUAUAUUUUAUCACUGGGUCUGCAGGCGCUAAGAGCCACCUCUGGAUUUAAAGAGCAUUUACUCGUUUCCGCGCUCAGGACGUCGCUCUGCAGGAAUCAGCAAUUACACGGAGAUCCAACAACCGUGCAUCAAAUAUAUUUUGUGGGACAAGACAGCUGGAAGCACGUUGUAGCCUUAGGGCGACUGGUCAGCUUGCUUUUCGCCAAACAUUCGAUGCAAUGAGACAAACGUUCAAGAGAGAGAGAAGAUAAGCUGAUAGUGAGAACAGAAAGGGUAGCGAGUUUAAAAUGCCCCACGUCGAUUGAACCCGGAGCAGCACUAUUACAAAUAUCUGACCUCGACCUCCUCAAACGGAAACUGGUUGUGAGAUGUCGAGAUUUCCAAUCAUCUCGUCUCCUCCUUCAACACACAUGCUGCCGAGGCUGAUGAUGAUGUUUGCGUAGGAGUGUUUUAUUGUUCGGACAGCGCUGGUUGACCAAUUCAAACAACUCCAGACGAGCAGUGCAUGAAACUGUGUGCGUGUGUGCGUGUGCGAUUGUGUGUAGCUGGCUGCCUGAUCCAAACAUUUGAGAUAAUAUUAUUUCUUAUUGAAGCGCGGCUCAUUUUUUUUGUCACCAUUGGAGUGUUUUUCUGUUUCCUGGAAUUGGGCAGAAUAUGUUUUGCAAGCGGGAAAAGUAGUCUAGAAAUAAAGAACAUCAACGUGGACCAUCUGCAAAAGGAAGCAUCUGCGCUUGUGUCCUUCUUUAACGAACAGCUAAAGAGGAUCAGGAUAGCAGCGAUUACUUCACCAGCACUGGGGACUUUCUUUGUCAUUUUUAACUAGUGAUUGAGUUCGACAUAACAUAAAACCAGCAGAGGUCGGGACCUGACCUCCAAGGAGCAACCGCUGCCCUAGAUGUGACCCGGUGAAUUCUUCUUGUCUCUGAAGAAUUUCACAAGAGACUGCUUCGUCCAUGGACCAAGGGUGUUGAUGGAGAGCCUUUCGAAUGACAGCCGGGACAGUGGUCAUCACUGGUGGAAUUCUAGCUACAGUUAUAUUACUCCUUAUUAUUGCAGUACUGUGCUACUGUAGGCUGCAGUAUUAUUGCUGUAAGAAGGAAGAGUCCGAGUCGGAGGAGGAGGAGCCAGAUUUUGCGGUUACGUCCCGCCUCCCACCAGUACACUCCAAUCACAACAUUGUGGCAGCUACGGCCGCUGCCUCCUCCAUCCCAAAUGGCCCCACCCUUUUCUCCACCCCUCCACUGGCCAGGAAACUGACACGUUCACAGACCAUCUGUCCAUCCUGUACACACUAUGAUCUACCUUUUUACCUCCAGCCCCCUCAGCCGCAAAUCCACCACCAGCCAGAUGGGUUGAGGAACGGAGGUGACCGGAUCAGCUACCGCAGCGUCCAGCAGCAGGAGCUGGACCUGCCAGUGCCUGUGAACAUUUCAAACUACCGCAAGCCACAUCUUGCCCGGUCAGUCACAAUGCGGGACAUGUUCACACGCAGCUGUAGCAUCAGCACUGAUGUUUAGCUAGGUGAGGUUGGAACUUGAUGUAAAUGUAUGCUGAAAUGGGUUAGGAAGGCCCUAGACUGGACUGGGCUUGAGUCAGCCUUUGUUUUUGUCAUUUUGACACGCUAAGUCCAAUCUAAUAUGGUCUAGUGUAGUUUCACAUCAUUCUGCUGAUCACCUCUUGCAGAAUGAAGGACUCAGGUGGCUCUCAGGAAAGGAUUUUUAAAGGUACUAUGCUCAGGUCCAGGGCCUUAUACCUGGGCCAACAGAGAAUUUAGAGUAUUUCAGAAAUGUUAAAUGGAUUGUUUUUGGUUUUGAAUGAUCAUUUUUAAUAAUAAGAAUGAAUUAGUUUUACAAUUUGAUAAAAAUUCAUGCAGCCCUACUUUCUUUAGACUCCUCUAGCCAUGGCCUGAAGGUCAAAUCGAUUUCCACCAUGUCAUAAUUAUAUAAUCAACAGGGAUUUUCUCUUUGCAAUAGCUGCAAACAAAAUAAGUUUAGGAGAUGUUCUGUGUUUCCCUCUCCUACGAUAGGAUGAUCUCCACCCACAGAUUACCGAGAUUAUAAUACUGUAUAACACUCACGACCAGAGGAAAGACUCGAGGGGAAAGGGGAUUGUCAUGUUUUAGCUGCCACCCACAGACAUUUUAGGUAGACUUAACUUAGGCCAUACUAUUAUAAAACAUAAAGGGCUCACAGAAGAUGUAAAUCCCUGGUUGUUUUCCAUAUCCUUUUAUAGAAGUCUCCAGGUUGAAGGGAGACUGGUUUCUCUGAGUGUCUGACAUCACAAAAUGUAUAUACAGGCUUCUAUACUCAAGCAGAGAAAGACCUCUGUGUUCUUACAGGCAGGGUGAACUAGGUGCCAAAGGUGGCUGGGUUUUUGUGUAUAUGUGUGAGUGUGCUUGUAUGCAUGCGUGUGUGUAUGCCUGCAUGUGUGUAUGACUCAAUUAGUAGAUAUACCACAAUUCUUAUUCCAUACAAUUAAGCGCAAUCUGUCAACCCCAUGUAUACUGAUCCCAGUGGUGGGUUGCAAUAAGGUUUUAAUCAUUUAUUGUAAAGGGUGAAGGUAUUUUCUAUGUGUCACUUUGUGUUAAUGCAAAGAAUGACCUAAGCAGAUGAUAUGGCAGUGAGUUUUGCAACUAAAUGUUUAUUUUACUGAUUAAUGCUAUAACACAGGCUCAAGCUAUACGUAGGUGCCAGUUUAGAGGCAGAAAUGUUUGACAGCAACACUUUUAAAUUUACAGUGAAAUCUUCACUAUAGUUCUUCACUAAAGUUUCAGUUUAUGGGCUCUUUAAUGCAUUUGUUGUGCUGUCCCUGAUUUGUUAAUAUAUGGAUUCACGGGCUAAAGAUUAAUUCACCUUUAGAGGUACACAACUAUAAAUAUUUAACAGGCCAUCGCAUACACUGCAGUCUCUUGACUUGCUGGACUGAGGAAUGUUUGCUCUUGAGUUCCUUCUUGAAAUUAUUUUAUCUUGUACUCUUGGCUGACUGGCCUGACUGGAGAGCUGAUCUUGUGACCGGAGGAGCAGCAGCAGAGACACAGGACACACAUUUAAUGAAUGGAAGUAAUUGCUGGUGGUUGUGUAAGGGGUUUUAAGCUGAAGUCCUUUUGAUGGACACCCACCCCCUCUCAAAAUGGAUGUUAAAUGCUAUUGUGCCCCCUUCUAUCUCUCUCGCUCUCUCUGUUCUUUCUGUCUCCCUGUUGAUUUUAUUUGCAGUCAUGCUCACUUAUUUGAGUGAAACAGUGAGUGAUUUUCUUUUAACUUGCCUCUUGUGACAUGCGCUUUCCUGCUAAUACACUAGGACACAAUACAAACAGUAUGCACACACACACACACACACACACACACACACACACACACGCACGCACGCACAAUAGUUCUCAAUGCUAUGCUUUCCUUAUUUUUGAAAUAGAAACUACAUGACAGCUGCACAGGAAAUUUAGUGCCAUAAACAAUUAUGAGAGAAUAUAUUAUUAUUAUCAGUGUAUAUUCAAAUGCAAUGUUGCUUUUAAAGUAUUUGAAUUACUUGCUUUAUUUUAUGAUCCAGCUGGUUUUUCAGACUCAGUACAGUAAAGCAGAAAUGUUUCUGUCCUUGUUUCUAAUGUAUAACUAAAGACACAUUGUUGCUAAUAAAAUAGUGUGAAAAUCCUUCUACUCUGUUUUGUGGUGGCCAUCUAUUUCACCAAAAGUCAGCAUUUCUUACUGUUCAAAUUUAACUUUUCAACUGUUUUUGAAUGUUAUUUAAAAAAAAGCUUAUUUACUGUAAUGUGUAUUGCCUACACAGGACAUCACAGUGCUAUAUUUCUGCUGACUGCUAAAUGUUGAACAGGCAAUUCAACUAAAAGCAUGCUGCAUUAUCCUGGAUUAUCCUAUUUAGCGAACUGCUAAAGGCAGGGUAAACAUCAGCUAGCUUAAAUAUAUGCUUUGGUUAGAGCGCCACAUGAUAAAAAGCAGGGCUGGACUAGUUCCUGUGAGCAACCUUGUAGAAGAUUUGUUUCUUGUCUAGACCAACUUGAUUGGAAGUGAUAUGUAGACCACUCAUUUCACUGAUCAAAGAAGUGUACUGCACAUUUGUGUAGGUAUCUUUUUUUUACAGUAACAUAAAUGACUUGUCUUGUCCUGUAAAGUUACAGUUGUAAAUAAAUUCAAAAGACAAGCCUACUAAUUUGUUUUUUUCUUAUGUUAAGAGUCAAAUACAUACUGUAACAGGUCAAAUGUUAACAGCCUGCUGAGCCACUAGCCACAUC